AUGAAGUUUGUGUCAAGGGGAGACCCCCCCGAAAAGGGGAGACCCUCCCGAAAAGGGGAGACCCUCCCGAAAAGGAGAGACCCUCCCGAAAAAGGGGAGACCCUCCCGAAAAGGGGAGACACUCCCGAAGAGAGGAGACCCUCCCGAAAAAGGGAGACCCUCCCGAAAAGGGGAGACCCUCCCGAAAAAGGGAGACCCUCCCGAAAAGGGGAGACCCUCCCGAAGAGAGGAGACUCUCCCGAAAAGGGGAGACCCUCCCGAAAAGGGGAGACCCUCCUGAAAAGGGGAGACCCUCCCGAAAAGGAGAGACCCUCCCGAAAAAGGGAGACCCUCCCGAAAAAGGGAGACCCUCCCGAAAAGGGGAGGCCCUCCCGAAGAGAGGAGACCCUCCCGAAAAGGGGAGACCCUCCCGAAAAGGGGAGACCCUCCCGAAAAUGGGGAGACCCUCCCGAAAAUGGGAGACUCUCCCGAAAAGGGGAGACCCUCCCGAAAAGAGGAGACCCUCCCGAAGAGAGGAGACCCUCCCGAAAAGGGGAGACCGUCCCGAAAAAGGGAGACCGUCCCAAAAAAGGGAGACCCUCCCGAAAAGAGAGACCCUCCCGAAAAGGGGAGACCCUCCCGAAAAAGGGAGACCCUCCAGAAAAGGAGAGACCCUCCCGAAAAAAGCGAGACCCUCCCGAAAAAGGGAGACCCUCCCGAAGAGGGAGACCCUCCCGAAAACGGGGAGACCCUCCCAAAAAAGGGGAGACCCUUCCGAAAAAGGGAGACCCUCCUGAAAUGGGGAGAUCCUCCCGAAAAGGGGAGACCCUCCCGAAAAAGGGAGACCCUCCCGAAGAGAGGAGACCCUCCCGAAAAGGGGAGACCCUCCCGAAAAUGGGGAGACCCUCCCGAAAAAGGGAGACUCUCCCGAAAAGGGGAGACCCUCCCGAAAAGGGGAGACCCUCCCGAAAAAAGGGAGACCCUCCCGAAAAGGGGAGACCCUCCCGAAGUGAGGAGACCCUCCCGAAAAGGGGAGACCCUCCAGAAAAAGAGGAGACCCUCCCGAAAAGGGGAGACCCUCCCGAAGAAGGGAGACCCUCCCGAAAAAGGGAGACCCUCCCGAGGGUUCCAGGCUGA